GCCUUGCCCACCCCUCUCACCCGGUGCUCCCGCCCCCCGCUCCCGCCGCCGCGGCCGAGCUCGGGGUCUGGAGCUCGGGGUCUGCAGCCCGGAGCGGAGCAGAGCGGCAGCGGGGCGGCGGCUCCGGCUCCCCUGCGCCGGGGCCCGGCAUGGCACCGCGCCGCCCUUGGCGCAGGGAGUGUUGGCCGUAGGGGCGGCGGGCUGUCCGGUUGCCCAGUGGAUGAGAAACUCUCCCUUUGCCACUGUGUUAUGACGUCCCAGCCCUCCCUGGUUUUGCAGAAGCAGAUAUCUGACCAUCCUGCAGGCAUGGCUCACUUGAGAGAGUUUGCCAGCCAGCACUCCAGGGUGGAUCCUGAGGAGCUGUUCACCAAGCUGGAGAGGAUUGGAAAAGGGUCGUUUGGGGAGGUGUAUAAAGGGAUUGACAACCGCACCAAGGAGGUGGUUGCCAUCAAGAUCAUUGAUCUGGAGGAGGCUGAGGAUGAAAUUGAGGACAUUCAGCAAGAGAUUACAGUGCUCAGCCAGUGUGAUAGUCCCUACAUCACCCGGUACUAUGGCUCCUACUUGAAGGGCACUAAGCUGUGGAUAAUCAUGGAGUACCUAGGGGGUGGUUCAGCGCUGGAUUUGCUGAAGCCAGGACCCCUGGAGGAGACUUACAUAGCUACUAUCCUGAGAGAAAUCCUAAAGGGUUUGGAUUAUCUACACUCUGAGAGGAAGAUCCACAGGGACAUCAAAGCUGCCAACGUGCUGCUUUCGGAACAAGGAGAUGUGAAACUGGCUGACUUUGGGGUGGCUGGACAGCUGACAGACACACAGAUCAAGAGGAACACCUUUGUUGGGACUCCAUUCUGGAUGGCACCAGAGGUCAUCAAACAAUCUGCUUAUGACUUUAAGGCAGACAUCUGGUCCCUGGGAAUUACAGCCAUUGAACUAGCAAAGGGAGAGCCUCCAAAUUCUGACUUGCAUCCUAUGAGAGUUCUCUUCCUGAUUCCCAAAAAUAAUCCUCCAACGCUUGAGGGUCACCACAGCAAGCCCUUCAAGGAGUUUGUGGAAGCCUGCCUCAAUAAGGAUCCCAGAUUUAGGCCAACAGCUAAAGAAUUGCUGAAGCACAAGUUCAUCACACGCUACACCAAGAAAACCUCCUUCCUGAUGGAGCUGAUCGAUCGAUUCAAGCGCUGGAAGUCAGAGGGACACGGAGAGGAUUCCAGUUCUGGAGAUUCUGAUAUUGAUGGAGACACAGAAGAUGGAGACCAGGGCCCAAUCUGGACAUUCCCACCAACGAUUCGCCCCAACUCCUUGAGCAAGCUGCACAAAGGAAUGGCUCUUCAUGGUUCCCAGAAGCCUACUGAGCCCAUCAAGAGGCAACCACGGUCACAGUGUCUCUCCACGCUUGUUCACCCAGUUUUUGGGGAGCUUAAAGAUAAGCACAAGCAGACUGGAGGCAAUGUGGGAGCUAUGGAGGAGCUGGAGAAUGCCUUCAGCUUGGCUGAGGAGUCCUGCCCAGGCAUCUCUGACAAACUGAUAGCACACAUGGUGGAGCGGGUACAAAGGUUUUCACACAGUCGGAACCACCUCUCCUCUGCCCGCUGACACUACACUCCCAGCUGCUGUGGUGAGGGGGGAAAGGAGCUUUUUUCCAGCUUCAUAAGAACUACAUCUCUAAUCCAGACCACCAUCUGCUGUUGGAUGUAACAUUGUGUUACGGACUCCAGGACAUUUCAGAGCCCUCAUACUACACCUGUUUCCAUGAUAACCCGGGGUGGGGUUUGCAAUGCAAGUACAAUUUAGACCUUUUGCAGAACCCGAGUUGGGUGGUCUAAUUGUUUUUACAAUGUAAUCAAUGCAGUUUUUAAUUGUUUCCCUAUGGAUGUAUCCGUUUUAGCUUGGUUUGAUUCACAGCUUGUUAGUGGUAAAUUCCUGGCUGUUGGGAGAGGAGAGAGAUGCUUUUCCAUUGAAGUGUUUUUCAAAGGUGAGUCUGAUGGACUUUACCCUCCCACCCUUCCUAAAGAAGUGUUUGUGACCAGUCAUGCAUGAGUGCAGGUGUACGUUUGGAAGCUCUCCAUGCUUUACAGCCUCUGGGAAAGUUAGAGCAGCUCUCCAGUUGUUCUGGAGGAUUGCUUCAGCUCCUUCACACACUAGAAAGAAAAAGCUUUCAAGUCUAGCGGCAGCUGAGCUAAUAUGCUGUUGCUCUUUCUGAGCUGUUGAUUUCACAGGAGGAUGGGUUUGCUGGCUGUAUUUGUUUUGUCUCUGGGACAUCAUUUUGUAUUAGGUCUUGGUUCGUGUAAUUCAGGCAACAGCAGAACUUGCCUUGAGUCUCCAGGGGCUGGAAGGCAAAGGGGUUGUCUGGUGUGGGAGCUGGUGGAGUUCCCGUCCUUGCUGCUUUCUGCAAGUGAAGCAACCAGAUACACAGGUUUGGCAGCCAGCCUCUAAGCUGAGAAGACAACUCCUGUGUGUGCCCAGGCAGUGUAGAAGGAAGAGGGGGGUUAGGGGGAACACAACAGCCAAAAGCACUGACAGGGCUUCAGUUCAAAAGGCAGACUGGCACUGAGAGCAGUUCCUGAGGCAGGAAACCUUUCCUCUAUGGAAAGGUAUGAAUGGGGUGGCUAGCAGCAACAGGGUCCCUGGGUUGUGGUUGAUGGUUCACAAAAAUCUGCUCUAGGCCUCCAUCAUCUUCUCAGCUUCCCUUUUCUGGCUCUUCUUUCAGCCUGGGAUCUGAAGUUGCUGAAGCCAGAGCUGUGGUGGUGUUUGCUAGCACAGAAAUUAAAGCAUCUGUUGCCAUAUUGGCUGCUUAAGGUAUUCCAGUGGAGCCAUCCCCAACUAGCUUUGCUUUCUUCAUAAUGCUAGUUCAUAGAGCAUAUCUUUAAUUCAGGUAAAUGUACAGAUCUGAAAUCUAUACUCUAGAGGUCCAGAAAAACAGACUUAGGAAAAUAACUCCUGACAGCUGGCUGCUUAGAGAUCUGCUUGCUAAUUGCAAAGAUACUCCCAUUAAGUCAGCAAGACCUUAAGACAUCCAAACCUUUUGGUUUGGGUGUUUGUGUGAAUGAUGUGGUUCACCCAGAGCCACUGAGAACAAAAGUUGUAGCUGGUAGCAUUUAUUUUUUUUCCAAGAUUGGCCACUUUGUUAGUAACAAGACUUGGUGUUUGGUACUUUGAUUCAAACCUGCAGACUGUAAGUGCUGGGCUAAACGUGGCUCAAAAGGACCAUACAUUCCACCCCCUGGUGUGUGGUGUUUACUUCAGCUUAUGACUAUCCUUUACUCUUCCUCUCUGAUGGAUAAAUACAGGCUCAGCAAACACAAUGAACUUGUCCAGCAGAGGAGGAAGCACUGUUUGAUCUUGCUGGAAAAUCUGCUAUGGAGUUGUGUGUGUCUCUCUGGCAAGAGUCACCUCAGAGCCUGCAUUUAUGAAGAACAGAACAAGCCCAUUUUAUUCUUCAGGAGAAGGAGUUACCAAAUAGACAGGGAACACAGUGAGACAGAAGGCAGAGGCUGCAGUCUAGCAGAAAGGCAGCUGAAGGGCUCCUGCUGCUUUUAAAGUUGCUGUUCCUGACAGUAGCAAAUCGUGUCAAUAAGGUACCUUGUGCUCAUGAGCACUGCAGUGCAGUGAGUAAACUUUUUAAAGGAAACAGUCCCCAUAAACUCCAUCCAGUAUUCAAAGCAAAAAUGGUUUUCCUUUUUAAAAAACAUUGAAAGGGAUCUGCCACUUUCAAUAAAGUAACAAAAAAAGUGA